UUAUUGUCUUAGAUUUUUGUUUUUUAACUUUUUUAAAGUACAAAAUAGAACUUGUAUAUUGGUAUGCAACUAUGACUUGGCCAAAACAGUGACAGUGUAGCUUUGGGAGAAAUAUAGUCUAACCAUUUUUCAUAAUUAGCCAAUAAACAUGCAGGGAGAUAUUGGAUUCAUUAAAAAACAGCCCAAGUGGGUAGACAGGCAGAAACACACACACGAACACACACAUAACACGCAUGCGCACAAAUGCAUGCAUGCAUGCAAAGAUCUGCACAGAGUUGAACAGUGACAAAGUAAAUACACAGUAAAUAAUACACAGUAAUAUAAGUAUAUCAGCCCUUAAGUCAUUUAGAAUGAUUCAUGUGUAAUUAAUAACAUCAACAAGUAACACCUCCGAAAGAACCAUGCAUUAGCUGACUUAUGUGUCAGGGUUUCUGGGUCGUUGACCCAGUGUUUUCAGUUCGUCCUCAUUGUUUAUCUUCUGCCUGUUUCACUUCCUGUUUUAUUGUGUUAACCUUGGUCCAUGUGCAUUAUGUUCAGUCCUCUUCCCAUUUAUCAUUAGUUCAUUAUGUUCAGCUGUGUACUCACCAGUUUCUAAUCGCUCCUCACUCAGCCUGUGUAUUUAUGUUCCUCAGUUCAACCAGUCCGGUGUCGUGUCAUUGGUGUUAUGUUGUUGUUUACGCCUGCGUUCAGUCAGCCAGCCAUUCAGCCCUUCAGUCAUUCAGUCAGUCGUCCAGCCAGCCAGCCAGCCAUUUCCUACCUCUGUUCUGUUUGUUCACUCCAUCGGCAAUAAAUACCAACCUUCACCUACCUACCUGUGAGUCCAGCAUUUGGGUCCUCCUUCCCUCAUCCACAACACAGAUCCUGACAGAAUGACACGACCCGCUUUUGACCCAGCGGACUCGGACCUUUUUGAGCGGCAGGAGGCAGCGCUCUCCAUUUGGAUGGAGAAGCUCAAGGGGAAACAGCGGCUCUUCGCGGAGCAAGAGCACAUCUUCGAGGGAACUCGCCUGGCUCUGGGCGGGCCUCGGAGACGCCGCGUUCCCCCACCUGCUGCCUCACCUGCACCGGAGCAUUCGCCGCGGAGAGUGGACGUUUCACGCCGCGCUGCGGCCGUUCCCUCUCUCGCGGGUCCGCUCCUCGCUCACGCGCCAUCUGCCUCAUUCACCGGACCUUCAACCUCGCCACGGCACAGCGGCUCCGCCUCCCACCUCGGCUCAACAGAGGCUCCCGAGCCGGAGGCUCGGAUGUGUACCCCGCCCGCUUCCUCUUCCCGGAGAAAGCGGCGCACACGCCGCCAUAAAAUGGACUAUUUCCAGCAAUUCCCGGUGGUGAGUUCCAGUGACUGUUUUCCACCCUCAUUCGAUUCCUCAUUUAAAACCACCGAUGAACCCAUCUCUGAUUCGUGGGAUGUUUCCCUCCUGGAGGAUUCUGUGGACUGGGAAGAUCUUUUCUGUUCUGCUCCCCCAAAGACUGUAAAUAGUGAUGGCAGAAAGACCAGACUAAAACCCGUUAGACCUGUCAGUGUCACUCACCCAGUUGUUAUUUCCACUCCUAUCAGCCAGCCUACACCCACACCUGUGCCAGCUCCCAGGAGGAGGGCAGCUGCGACCCAGCCUACCUCCACACCCGCUCCUGUUUCUCGGGUGGGGGUGACUGGUGUCCAGCCACCUCCCGUGCCUGUCCCAGCGCCUAGGCUGAAGGCAGCUAGAACCCAGCCUGACCUCCCUAGAGUCUCGGAAGAGCUAGCCUCUCCAUCUACUACUUCACCUCUUCAUCCACCUCCUGAUCCAGCCUUUCACGCCCUCGCAUUAUCACUGGUUAAGCUAGCUGAGGUUUCUCCUGCUCAGGCACCAGCUUUACUAGCCCAGGCUAUAGCCUUAUCUCCCUCAUUAGCACAGUCUAUAGCUCAACCACCAGCCACAUCAACCACAGCUCCGUCGUCAGCCUCACCCGCCUCUAUUCAUCCCUUAGCAUCCCCACUCCAGUCAGUUCACUCACCUGCUGUUCAGCUUCCAGCCCAGUCAGUUCACUCUCCUGCUGUUCAGCCUCCAGCCCAGUCAGCUCCCUCUCCUGCUGUUCAGCCUCCAGCCCAGUCAGCUCCCUCUCCUGCUGUUCAGCUCCCGGUCCAGCCAGUUCACUCUUCUGCUGUUCAGCCCCCGGUCCAGCCGGUUUACUCCCCUGUAGCUCAGUCACCUGCUCUCGUUCUCCAGUCUCCUGUAGUUCAGCCUCCUCCCGUUCUCCAGUCUCCUGUAGUUCAGCCUCCUCCCGUUCUCCAGUCUCCUGUAGUUCAGCCUCCUCCCGUUCUCCAGUCUCCUGUAGUUCAGCCUCCUCCCGUUCUCCAGUCUCCUGUAGUUCAGUCUCCUCCCGUUCUCCAGUCUCCUGUAGUUCAGUCUCCUCCUGUCCUCCAGUCUGCUCCCGUCCUCCAGGCCCCCGUAGUCCAGUCUCCUGUUCCUCAGGCCCCUGUAGCUCAGUCUCCUGUCCUCCAGUCUUGUCCCCUCCAGCCAGUCCAGUCUGUUAUCCAGUCGCCUGUCCUCCAGUCAGUACAGUCUGUCAUCCAGCACCCUGUGGUUCAGUCACCGGUUCUCUCACCUUCUGUAGUCCAGUCUUCUGUAGUCCAGUCACUCAUUCACCAUCCAUUUCAGUUCCCGGACCCGAAGCCACAGCAUCCAGAGCCAGCUGUGAGCUCUCCUGCUCCUCAGCCAGGGGUUUCCGCACCCGCUGGCCCGGCCGCUCCUCAGCCAGGGGCCUCCGCGCCUACUGGCCCAGCCUGUCUCCAGCCAGAGGCCUCCGCGCCUACUGGCCCAGCCUGUCUCCAGCAAGAGGCCUCCGCGCCUACUGGCCCAGCCUCCGAAGCUGUUGCUUCGUCACCGCCGGCUCCGCCUGGUCCAGCCUCUGCCUCGGCUUCUGCUCCGCCUGGUCCAGCCUCUGCCUCGGCUUCUGCUCCGCCUGGUCCAGACUCAGCUUCGCCUGGUCCUGCGGCUGCCACGCCGCCGCCCGAGCCUGCACCUCGGAAUCGCUGGCCACUUUCCAGGCCACCAGCUGGACGUCAUCGCCAGCGUGGUCGACCACCGGACCUCCUCAGCGGCCGCCGCCGUCUUCCUCGCGGCCGCCCACCGGACCUCCUCCUCAGCGGCUGCCGCCGUCUUCCUCGCAGCCGCCCACCGGACCUCCUCCUCAGCGGCCGCCGCCGUCUUCCUCGCGGCCGCCCACCGGACCUCCUCCUCAGUGGCCGCCGCCGUCUUCCUCGCGGCCGCCCACCGGACCUCCUCCUCAGUGGCCGCCGCCGCCUUCCUCGCGGCCGCCCACCGGAUCACCUCCUCAGUGGCCGCCGCCGCCUUCCUCGCGGCCGCCCACCGGACCGACUUCAGCAUCGCCGCCGCCUUCCUCGCGGCCGCCCACCUGAACUGUCCGGGCUCAGCCACUGGCCGCGUGGCCGCCCACCUGAACUGUCCGGGCUCAGCCACUGGCCGCGUGGCCGCCCACCUGAACUGUUUUUGUUUCGGACUCCGUCCCUCCGUCCUGGGCCCCUCCGCCCUCCCUGUUUUGGUUUUUCGUUCUUUUGGCCGUCGGGUGCCGGCCUUUGAAGGGGGGGGUACUGUCAGGGUUUCUGGGUCGUUGACCCAGUGUUUUCAGUUCGUCCUCAUUGUUUAUCUUCUGCCUGUUUCACUUCCUGUUUUAUUGUGUUAACCUUGGUCCAUGUGCAUUAUGUUCAGUCCUCUUCCCAUUUAUCAUUAGUUCAUUAUGUUCAGCUGUGUACUCACCAGUUUCUAAUCGCUCCUCACUCAGCCUGUGUAUUUAUGUUCCUCAGUUCAACCAGUCCGGUGUCGUGUCAUUGAUGUUAUGUUGUUGUUUACGCCUGCGUUCAGUCAGCCAGCCAUUCAGCCCUUCAGUCAUUCAGUCAGUCGUCCAGCCAGCCAGCCAGCCAGCCAUUUCCUACCUCUGUUCUGUUUGUUCACUCCAUCGGCAAUAAAUACCAACCUUCACCUAC